AUGAAGACACUGAUCUCCAAGCUGUGCUCCCCGGCCGGCUGGGAGCCAGGCACCCCCACCCCGAGGACAGCGGCGGAGGCCGGGCUGAGCACCCAGGCCCUCAAGGAGAUGGCCAUAGGCACCAAGAGCAUCGCCCUCAUCGCGGCCACCCGGCGCUCCAGGGCGCAGGACCGCGAGGGCGGCAGUGGCCGCUCCUCCCUCCACCCUGCAGAGGAGGCAGCUCCAGACCCCAAGGACCCCAAGCCCAGAGUCACCCCGGAGACAACCCCGACCGACAGGAAGUGGCCGCGAGCCAGCCCGGGCAGGGCUCGCUCUGCAGAGAGGAAGGCCAGGGGGAAGCCAUCACCCCCCCUCACCAGGAGCGUCCAGCUGGCAACAGAAAAACUUCAGCCACCUGCCACGGAUCACAUAGCCGAGAGCCAGCCUCCCCCUGCACUCCCUCAGCUGUCAAAGUCUCCGGGAAAGAGCUUUCUCCCUGCUGUCCCUUCAGCCUCUAAGAUGAAACCCAGCCUCGGUUUUCAUGCAGAUGAAAGCACACUGCACGUGCCGGAGGUCAGCUUCACCUUUCCCAGUGCCACCUGGCAGAGCUGCCCAGGCCCGAGCAGGGCGCCCCUCCUGCCCCGGGACAUCCGAGGGUCUACGGACAGUGGAGGCCGACAUCAUAGCCCACUGCCUCCUAGCCACCCCUGCAAGCGCCAGGGCGGCAGCGCGAAGAGGCCAAGAAGACCAAAGUGAAGAUGGUGGCAGGCAGAGCAGGUGGGGAGAAUGUCUUGGGUACCGGGGUAUCUCUGCCCCAAAGCUGGACUUGAGAGACGGGGACUCUGCCAGGGACGCUUCAGGGGGCAGCCCGCCCCAUGUAUGCUUCCUGCAGCCCUAUGCAUAGGUCUGGUGGCUGCCUCACCAACCUUCUCACCAACCAUCUUCAGAAGAGGGCUGCCUAGGGAGCAUCAGGUCCCUUCCCAGAGACCUCAAGCCUUUUGGGGCCAUUCCCACUCAUGGGUGCUCUUCCCUGGAUCACCCCACUCAGUGGUUCCUGCUCUGGGGGCACCUUCUGUAGGGGCUGGGACACUAGGGUCACACCCCCAGGUCAGUGACUUCUUACCUGAACAGCUCCUGGCAAGAGGCAGGAAAGAAUGUCUCUCCAACACCCAUGUACUAGCUGAGGUUCUCCAGAGAAAGAGAACCAGAAGAGGAUGUAUGUGUAUAUCUGUGAGUGUGUAAGUGUGUCUGUAUGGGAGUCUAUACAAAACACGGAGUCUACACAAAAGAGAGAGACUGAUAUUUACUGGAAGAAAUGCGCUCAUGUGGUUGUGGGAGCCUGCAAGUCUGCAGGGCUGGCUGGAGACCCGGGGGGAUAGUUGAUGCUUCAGCCUGGAGUGUGAGGGGCAUCUGGAGCCGAGUUCCCUCUUCAGAGGUUCCCUCCUGGGACCUCAGUUUGUUUAAUCUGCCUUCAACUGAUUGGACAGGGCCCACCCACAUUAUGGAGGCUCAUCUGCUUUACUCAAAGUCUACUUACUGAUUUAAAAGUUAAUCUCAUCUAAAAAAUACCUCCCUUGCAAUACUGAGAUUGGCGUUUGACCAGACAUCUGGAUUCUGUGGGUCAGGCUGGUUUGAUACACAGUUAACCUUCUUGUCCCACAAGCCUUGGCCAGACUCCAGAGUGCCACUGGUCACUGCAAUCAUGGGCUCCCAGGGAAACACAAGAAUGCGCUUCCACUUCCAUGACCUACCCAUCUCCCACUGCGUUCUCUGGUCCCUCUCAACAUCCCAACAAUGCAGAGAGGAAAACAUUGCUAACUCUUGAGAACAAGACAGAAUUGUCAGGGUGAAUGAAACCAGCCAUGUAAACUGGAAAUCCAAAAGCUGAGGUUCCAUUUGCAUUAGGAUUGCAUAAGCAUCAGUCAUUCUUCUCAUCAAGACAGAAAAAAAAGAAAAGAAAAGAAAACAGAGAAACGGAAGAGCAUCCCCUGUGAGCUGGGUCAUCAGCCCUCACUUCCAGGGUCCCCCUAUGGGGAGUCCUGGGGAUUGACCACGCCCCCUGGUGGCCGGAGUUGGUGUGGGUCAGGCACGUGGGGCCUGGAGGUGAUGUGUGGUCUCAUGGCCCUAGUGGGAGGCGGGGCAUCUUUGCCCUUGUGUGUUCCUGGCAUGUGCUGGGCACCCCACAAAUGCUGUGCAAGUGGCACACAGCGUGCUGUGGCCUGGCCGCCGCCUCGUAACGCCUGCCAUCAAGGAAGACAUGCUAGGGGCUUCCUCAAAGCCAUGUUUUCCUGUCUGGAGGAGUGUCGGAGUGUGUGGAGGUGGGGAAGUGGGUCCCCUUUAUCCUCGGGGACUCUGCUGCCUGCUUCCUGCAGAUCUGCUGUGUGGGCAUUGGAAACUGCCCACUUCCCUCGCCUGGGGGGGAAGUGCUGGGGCCACAGUGGGGAGGGACGCCGUCUGCUUUCCUGUCCUGACCCCAGAUCCCGGGAAGGGCAAAAAUUGCUGACUGCCCCUUUCAUCUGCUCUCUUUCUACCAUGAUAAUGGAAACCAACUUCUAGCUGGCCACAGCUCCCAACAUACUCUGUUUCCCAGCCUCCUUUGCUGUGAUAUAUGGCUCUGUGGCUAAGUUCUGACCAAUGGGAUAAAAGCAGAAGCUGCUUCCAGAACUCUUUAUCAUAAAGGAUAAUUGGUUUGUC